ACAUCCAUGUCGCUGCAAGUUUUAUUAUUAUUGUAUUGUUGAUAUAGCGAAACGUAUUAAAUAGCGAAAAGCACAGUUAAAUAAAUACUGUCACGAAUAAUCUUAGCUGUAAGUAAAACACAACAUACAUAAAACUUACUACUAGAAAACAACCUAGCUAACGUUGUUUUGUGUUGUCCUAGAAAAUGCUAGAAGUAACUUGCAACGAUCGUCUAGGGAAGAAGGUGAGGGUGAAAUGCAAUCCCGACGACACCGUCGGGGACCUCAAGAAGCUGAUUGCCGCGCAGACCGGCACGAGAUACGACAAGAUAGUUCUGAAGAAAUGGUACACCGUGUUCAAAGACCACAUCAAACUAUCGGAUUAUGAAAUCCACGACGGGAUGAACCUGGAGCUCUACUACCAAUAAGUCCAUAAUCAACAUUACUUUUAAGUUAACUUUAAAUGUAUCUAUAAUCUAUGUUCUUUAUACCUGUAGAAUUACUUUAAUAAUAUAAAUUAACUGA